UUUUGGCGCACCGGAUAACAAAAUAAGGAAUAUUCUGAGGCUAAAACCGUGGAAAUUCGACAGAUCGGAGGCCCAGUCGCUUUUCCCGACCUCUGAAUUAGAGGAGCCUCAGAAGUUUGAAUGUGGAGAUUGCUGACAACUCUGAGCGCGCGGAAGCCUUGCGGAGACGUCUUCGAAUUCGAGUCAAAUUCGACUGUGGUAGCCUUCAGACAUCCGAUCGAGAAGCUGGACUAGAACGUCUGCAGAGACAAUUGUGAUCACUCGCCUGAUCGCCGAUGGACCUCCUCAAAGGCUUUGAGGGGGCAACGGAGAGACCUCGGGAUGUUACGAAGGACUGUCUGAGACCUGUCAGGGGCAAUUUCCCGGUCGGAAUCGCUCAACGUUCCCCUAAUUGUCCAGCAUUGAAAUCAAUGCGAGUGGAGCAGCAGGAGCGACUCCUCCUCAGGGGGAUACUCUGCAUUAUCGGACUUACACCAGAUGACUUAGUCUGGAGCGAGCGCAGCUCAAGCGGGAAAUGCGAAAUCCAUUUCCACCCGGAUAUACAGCCUCAGCUGGUCGCCGAGGCGAAGGGCAUGGCUGACUUGGCGGUGAACCAUUGCACGAUAAGGACCUUCAUAACAGAGUAUCAAACGACGAAAUUCUCGUUGACACUGCAGUCCCUGGUCGGAUGCAUCAGCAGUAUCUUGGCGAAAUUUCGGCUCCAUCUCGUCAGUGUGUCGGACGGCUUGCAUAAGCUUUCGCUCAAACUGCUCCAACAACAGAUGGCCCAACAGCGUAUCAUACUUCUCACAUUGUCCGACCUGUGCAACAAGAUCAUCGACGAGCGUCUCGAAGGCGCACAAAUUCUAUCGCUUCUCUAUUCGUCGGUCGGGAACUCUGGCAACUCGGUCGCGCGGGGCAUAUACGAACGAUGCCUACAGGAGGCGAUUAAACCCUACAUCGAAAUGCUGCGUCAUUGGCUGAAAGGCAAACUGAUGAUAGAUCCCAGAGGGGAGUUCUUGGUUCAGCUCCGACCCUCGUACCUCCGCAAGGAAGAGGUUCUCUCUUCGAAGUACGACCUUAUCGAGGAGAACGUACCGUCCUUCCUGGACGAUCUCAAGAACGACAUUAUGAAAGCGGGAUGCUUUGCCGAGAUGGUCAACUGCGUCAAUGAGGAAAGAUUGGAGUCAUCUACGACCGGAAAACUUGAAGAAGAUCAUUCGGCUGCUGAGAGCGUAGAUCGAAAUCUGGGCAAGGACGCGGAAGGUCUGACAGUUGAGGAGCUAAGACGCGGAGUCCAGGCCGUCAUUGUAGACACAUCAGCGACGCUUUUCAACGUCAUGACGAAAUUUGGAGACCUAGAGGAUCAUCUUACGUCGCUCAAGGAAGUCUUCUUAUUCGUACGAGCGGACGUCUUCAAAAGGUUCUGCGAUCUCAGCCGUAGCCAGCUCAUCACUAGCAAUUCGCUGUAUUCUCCGAUGGUCCUGAAGAAUUUCCUGGCUGAUGCCGUGACGGGGAGCGCCGCAUCCACUUUCACGCAGUCCCAUAUUGGCUUGAGCUUCCACGAGGAUAAAUUGGUCGCGCGAUUGGCAGCUCUUGCCGUUCGGAGCGGCAAACUCAAGGAGGAGGAGGUCGUGAAAUAUUUAGAGAACGGGGGUCGAGGCUACACCUUUGAGUGCCUAUCGACAGACCUAAACGGUGGAUGGAUCCUGCAACACUUGCUCACGCCGGAGGUUCGGGAGAUGUAUGAAAUAAUUUUCGGGACCCGCCUCCAGCUUUUCCUCGGGGAAUCUUUCUGUGCCGACGUGAUCCCUUACACGACGGGCAUGGCGCGAGCCCUUCUGCAGAGAAUGCUCGUUUUCGUACAAAGCCUCUCCGCGUACUUCUCUCUCUUCUCUGUCGAGCAAGAGUGGUCCCAUUUACGGAAGAAACUUAGCCAGGUUCGCACCGUGGACUCGCUGGCGAAGACCCACCGAGAUUACGUCCGUCGGAUAUUCCAGCGAUGUCUCCUUCCCAAUUUCGAGGCCUCGAGCAGAUUACUCAACAUUGCUGCUACGGUUCUACAGGCUGCCAUGUGUCUUGAUCGCAUUAUCAACAAGGAGCAGACAGUCAUUCAACAGCCAGUGAAGGUGUCGGACUGCUCUAUCGACGUUGAGAGGGAACUGGACAUCCCGGCGCUCGAGGGGCUCGCGCAGGGUGAUCUGAAUGAGGUCGUCGAUUACUUCGAACGGGAAUUCAAUAAAUCGGUAGCGAGGUGGCUGGACAUAACGGAGAUCAAAACUCACGAACAACUCCUCACCUUGCUGGCGAUGAACGAAUGUUAUGUUAUCAAAAAGGAAACGUCGAUUACUUCCAAAUGA